GGACCCCCAGGUAAGAUCCUAUGAUCCAGGGACAGCUGUGUUUCUACCUGUGGCUCAGGAAAGGAAGUGAUGAGAUAAAAGGCCGAUUGAAGCCCCGCCCUCAGCAGGCUGUUCACAGGGGGCGGUGCCGUGACGAAACCGGACCGAAGCGUAUUCUGAUCCAGGGAGGGGGGGGGGGGCCUACAGGUGAGUCUCUACCUGUUCAUUAAUGCUGCUGUCUGAUUGGCUCUGACAGAGUGACCUCCAUGACCCAAUGAAGAUGAAGCUGUGAUGUCAGAUCUCCGACUUGAUGUCAGCGGCUCCUCCACAGGCUGCAGUGAUGAACCGUGACCCGGAAGUGCACCGCUGCUGCAGCGCCUCAGUGUCCGGCUCUCCCCCUUCGGUCACCGGACCUGUGGACCGGAGCGUCUCGGCCUCUGGAGGAACCGGAGGGAUGGAGCUCGACGCGGCUUCACCGGACUCAGCUGAAGAGUUUGGAAACGUUCAAAUCAAAAUGGAGCCAGACGGAGACGUGGAGAUCCAGUCGUAUCCUGUCCUGAAGAAUCUGUUCGUCAAACUGACGGACUGUAGGAUGUGGCUGGAGGGGCGGGACUUCCUGUCUCUGGACCAUCACCCUCAGCUCUGUAACCAGAGAGCGAGCCAGCACUGCUCAAUGAUUACCGGCAGGAAGAUGGUCUACUGCUCCGAGUGUACCAAAGGCUUCUAUAAUAAGUCUCACCUGGAGGCUCACCUGAGGAUCCACGGAGGACUGAAACCCAAUGAGUGCUGGCAGUGUGGGAAAACCUACCCGACCCUGAUGAGCCUCGUCAUCCAUCAGCACAUCCACAAUCGCAAGGAACCGUACCAGUGCUCGUACUGUGACCAGACCUUCGCUCUGAAGAGGGACUGGAAGACCCACCACAGGACACACUCCGGGACCAAACCCUUCAAAUGCUGGUUCUGUGGGGACGGCUUCGACGAGCGGCAAGAGCUCACCGAGCACCUGGAGGUGCACAAGGGGGAGAAGUGUUAUCGCUGCAAAGUCUGUGACAAGAUGUUUGUCUCCUACCAGGGCUUCAACUUCCACCGCAAAUCGCACAAGAACCAGAAGCUGCUGUCCUGCCCCAAGUGCAUGAAGACAUUCAGCAACCCUCAGAGUCUGAAGCUCCAUCAGGUGACUCACUCCAAAAGGAAACCACAUAAAUGCCCCACGUGUGGAAAAGGCUUCAAGCUGCAGAGCGGCCUGCACUGCCACCAGAGGACCCAUGAGGACCUCAGGGCCUAUCACUGCACCGAGUGCGGCAAAUGUUUCUCCAGCCUGCAGGGUCUGAAACUGCACAACCGCACACACACUGGACUGAAGCCCUACAAGUGCACUGAGUGUGGGAAGAGGUUCACCCAGUCCCCCCACCUCAAGUCUCACAUGGUCACACAUACUGGAGAGCGGCCGUUCCUCUGCACCACCUGCGGCAAGAGAUUCACUCAGUCGUCUCACCUGAAGUCUCAUAUCACUCUGUUCCACGUGGGCGAGAAGCCGUUCACCUGUGACGACUGCGGAAAGAGCUUCACCAUUGCCCACUACUUGAAGAUGCACAGGCUGAGCCACACCAAAGAAAAGCUGUAUCAGUGCUCGUACUGCGAGAAGUCCUUCUCCUACCACAACUCCUGGAGGGCCCAUGAGAGGAUCCACACCGGCGAGCGCCCGUUCACCUGCCAGGACUGUGGCCAGAGCUUCAUCACGUCAGGCUCGCUGCUGAGCCACCAGAGAUCCAAACACACCGGAGAGAAAAACCACUAUUGCAUCACCUGCGGAGAGUUCUUCUUCACCAGCUCGCUGCUGCGGGUCCACCAGCUCGACCACACCGGCGAGCGGCCGCACGCCUGCAUCUGUGGCAAGACCUUUAAAACUAAAGGAGUGCUGCGCUACCACCUGAAGAGGUUCACCGACCACAGACCGACUGAGUGAAGGGCUGUUUGGAAAAUACAUCUGUAUUCCUAAAAACACAAAUGACGCAGGUCUGAGACUGAGCGGAGAGACGGGUGCAUGCAGGUGUAAUACAACUGGAUGUUAGUUACUGUAGUUUGCCAGCAGGUGGCGCUGCAGCAGUGACAGAUCAUGAAGAUGCUUUAAAACACUGAUAAUUGUAGUUUUUUUUAUGAAUCUGCAGUUUAAUUGACUCCUUUUCAAAAUAAAAGCAGCUGAAUUGAA